UCGCGAGAGCCCGUGUCGCCGAGUUCCGGAGGGUACCGUGAAUUUUUAAUACCGAUGUUCGAACGCGAUUUCUCGACACGAUAAAACACUUAUUCAAUAAUUUCCCAUUAACUUGUCGUUCGAUGUUUUGUUGUUGAUAAGUGUAGGUUCUUUUAUGUUCAGUGAGUUUUCUAACGUGGUGUCUUUGAGUUCUUGAAGUGUAUACGAAAAGAGAUUUUCAGGCGGACGUAGUGAAAGUUAUUCUACUGGGAGAAGCGGCAUGGCAUGAGCGGCCGCGUGGGCGCGACAUGCGGCGAGCGCCGCUCGCGCAGCCCGCCGCCUUCGCUCUUGCGCUCUCAGUACUGCUGCGCUUCGUUGACGCCGGUUGGUAUAUAAGUUCAAUGGGUCCAGGCGUGCCCGAGAAUAUAACUGUGACAUUUCUGAACCCAACCACGGUGCGUGUCUCGUGGUCUACUACUGCAGACCUGGUUGAAAAAUAUGACGUCACGUACAAACCUUCAGAUGCGAGUUACAGAGUGGUGUUGGAGGUGGCUGGUAACUCGGAUGCAGUGAUCCUCAGCGGGCUAGAAGCCGAUACGCAGUAUCAAGUGACGGUCGCCGCUUUGUGGGGUGGCCACAAGUAUAGGAGCAGGCCUAUUGUCUUCCGCACGCUGGAGCCCCCACGGACAUCACCACAGCAGGAGGGGGGGUUGGGAACACCCCGCUCCACCGUUUCGCCGCCCGACCCUUCGCCCACAUUUCCAACGAUACGAGGUGUGGAGAUUGGAAUAGUCGUACUCGUACUGAUAGUCUGGAUCGGUGCCAUCGCUCUUUUCUUCAAUAGAUGGGGCAAAAUCCGGAUGUUGCUACCGUAUCAACCCGAUUACAAACAAGAGCAGCUGAAGGUGCCAGGAAGCAGCGCUUUAGCUGCAGCAACUGCAGGGGGAACUUGCGGAGCCCAUUCUGCGCCUUCUGCUUGUUCGCACAUGCGUUGGUCACACACGCAUACUCAGAGUCUGGAGUGUGAGGAGCAUCUGUUGGCGAGGUGUAAUCGGCCGCGGGUUAAUUCCGCAAUUUUUGUCUCGGCUGAACCCACUAGUUUCGCCGGCUUUGACCCAAGCGAAUUCCUCAGAAGGCACGGGUCUCAAUCACAACUGUGUCGUAAAGCCAGGUCAGCCGACAACAUACCACUUACAACGAUGAGCGACUCAUCAGAACGGCUGUGUACAGUCAAAGCACCUCGAGAGGAGACGAUAAAUGAAGAAGCAAAAUCUGAUGAUAGUGGUAGUGUGGAGACAGUCAAGCACUUUGGCCUACCGAUCCUUUCAGUGUCUGGGCCCUCUCCCCCAGAUGAGGACUACGAUCAAAUAGAUGAGUAUCUGUAGCAUUUCCAUACCGGUUUCCAGCUCAAGUACGUGCUGGAAAAGAUGAGGCCACCUUGGCCCAGUCCCGCACAAAGCCCAUAAAAAUUAGACUUUGUAGACAGAACUUUUGCACUGUACUCUAUGAACUAUUAUUAAACAUUAUUGUUUCGUGUGCAUUGUGUGGAAAAGAGUGUUUUGUGAUUGCAUCUAUACGCUACAACGAAUUAUGAAACUCUCGGCUAAUCUAUCGCUAUUCAAAGUGUGUCUUGAUGAGGGACCAUAGACAUUUUCGUCGCGUUAUGUUAAAUGUUUAACUGAUUUUUACAUAACACGUCAUAUUCUGUUCUCUAUUGAGUGUUUAGAUAAUAUUGAAAUUCGGAUAUCUAAUUCUAACUAUCACAGUUAUACAUUGUAAGGUAUUGCACAAUAUAUUCAAAAUGGAUUUAUCGACAUUUAACUGUGCCACUUUAAAUAUUACUAUUUAUAAAUUAAUCAACGUCUAUUAUA